AAACAUGAGGCAUGCGCAGUUAGUUUGCAAUGGUUGCACUGGUAUCUUCGUUGAAAUUACACUGCCAUCCCGCUCGUCGAAAGAGCGCUCAAGCUUCAAUUGAGCUUUCAAGGAUUUUGUGCGCAGCAUGCACGUGGGAUACUUAUUAUCAGCGCAGACCCUAAAACGUUGUGAAGGCGCGCGCGCGAGUUACGAUAUCAUUAUCAAGUCUUGAGCUUGAGCUAGCCAAUGAACGGACGGGUUACGAUUGAUAUUAUUCCCGUCAGACGCAAGUUUGACAACGUUAACGUUGAGUCAACGUGUCAAUUAUAGUAUCCAAGGUCCCAAGUAUCUAUUAGUAUAUCACCAUUUAUGCCUUGCAAUUCCUAAGACUUCACAAUCAAGCCUUCUGAACGUUCCCUCACAUGAAGACACGCAUACCGUGGCUAGUAGGCCUUUUAUGUUCGCAUGUACUGGCUGCGCCGCCUCAAGCCGUCCUGAAUGCGGCUCCGAAUCGACCCGAUCGAAAACUUCACGGACGUUUCCUGCACAUCACCGAUAUUCACCCCGACCCUUACUACGCAAAGGGAUCUUCUCAGUCGUCCCAAUGUCAUCGGAAGAAACCAUCUCAUGAACAGCGGGCAGGAUAUUAUGGCUCACCCUUCAGCGCCUGCGACUCGCCUUUGACCUUAACGAAUUUUACAUUCGACUUUUUGGAGGAUCGCUGGAGCUCUGGGAUAGAUUUUGUUAUAUGGACGGGCGAUAACGCCAGACAUGACGAUGACGAUGGUAUACCUCGACCGGUUGAUGAAAUAUUUGCUCUUAAUCGCGUCGUAGCGAAGAAGAUGGAAGAUGUGUUCCUCAAGAAGGGAAUACCAGUUGUGCCAAGUUUGGGAAAUAACGAUGUUUGGCCGCAUAAUACCUUAUCUCCAGGUCCAAAUGAUAUAACGAAUGAGUUUGCAUCCAUAUGGAAUCCCUUUAUUCCGUCAGGUUCCAAGUCCUCUUUCCGAAAAGGCGCAUAUUAUGCAGUAGAAGUGAUACCCGAUGCACUUGCGGCGAUCAGUCUGAGCACGAUGUAUUUCUAUCAUAAUAACAAAGCUGUGAGAGGGUGUUUAGCCAGUGAUGCCAGCGACCCAGGCAACUUGCAGUUUGAAUGGCUGGAGGAGCAGCUCAAGAUGUUUCGUGCCCGACAGAUGCAGGUGUGGGUCACCGGGCAUGUCCCCCCCUCUGUCGACCAUUUCUUUCCUGAGUGUUACUACCGGUACACAGAGCUGAGCCUGAGAUAUCAAGAUAUAAUUCUGGGCAGUUUAUUCGGUCACUUGAACGUCGAUCAUUUCUACUUUGUUGAAGCUGCUGAUCUGAAUGUCAGCCAAGAAGGCACGGAGCUGUCCCAAAAUUCUGGGAGUACAAUAUUUGAAACGGUCAUGGACGACUUUGAAGCGCUUGCGAAGACGAAGGAUUUGAAUUAUGACGACUAUGCGGUAGUCAACGUCAGCCCGUCGUUGGUGCCGAAUCCGUAUUUGCCAACGUUCAGAGUAUUCAGCUACAACAUCUCUGGGCUCGGAUCAUCGAGUGUGGGGGCCGUCGGCGAAGAUGAGUAUCUCCUGAUGACAAAGAUGGACCGAGCCUCGCGAUGGAAGCAUUUACCGUAUCGUCAUGGUGAUGAUGGGAACGAUGGCCGCCAAUGCAUGAGUGCGGCAUAUCGGGAAUCAUGGAGGUGCAAGUUUCACCCCUGGCGUUCUGACAGCCACGCUCCGUCACGGCAAAAUUCACUGUGGUCACCUUUGGGAUAUGCUCAGUAUUACAUGCCUAGACUGGAGGAAUAUGACGAGAAGCACGAACCAGAAUUCAAACUUGAAUAUCUGACGUUCCCAAUUUCGAGUCUGCACCCGAAGGAUAAUUCUACGGAGGUACCUGUUCCGUUGAUGAAUCUGCCCGAGUCACUCCGCGAACCAGGGGUGAAGAAAUCAAAGUUUGCGCCUUAUGAACUGCAAGAUCUUACAAUUCCGUCAUGGAUAGAUCUAGCCUGCAAGUUGGGGAAGCCGCGGGAGAAAAAACUCCGAAAGCGGUUCAAGAAGUACAUGUACAUGGGAGGGGAAGAGAGUUGAAGAGGAGACGGGUAUUGAGUAUCAUUAUCAAAUAUCAAUGAUGGAGAUCAGUUUGAAAUGUGGCAGAGUAAGAAGGUUAUCGGCAUUGCGGUGUGAGAAGGUGCGCCGCGGCGGUGUAGAGGAUAUUUUUUAUUUGUGAAUCAAAACAAGUUGAAUGUUCUUAAAACGGUCGUUGUUGCCUUGACC